CACUGUCCUGCAGAGGUUAGCUCCAACCCUAAUUAAACACACCUGAACCAGAUCAUCAAGGUGUUCAGGAUUACCAGGCUGUGUACGAAAUCACCCCUUAUACUUUUAAAUAGGGCACUAGUUGAGGAGACAGCAAUGUGUAAUGGGGUCUGAAACCAUAGUAGACAUUAUCAAGUGCACUCAUUCAAUCCUACAAUGGACCACAAUAAUGACCAUACAACCAAUGUUAACCAUAGCACCCAUAAUGCACUGUGAUGGUCAUGCUGAAUGAGUUCCCACAUCUCGCCAGAAGAUGGCGCCUACAGCUGAAUCAUCCCUCCAUCCAUCCAUUUUCCAACCUGCUUGUCCAGUGUGGGUACAGCGUAAUGUCAUACAGCUGUGACACAGAUGCAGUUGGAGAAUGGCUGGCAAAUCAAGUGCAUGCAAAGUUCGGAAUGUGGAUAUCAACCCAUGCAUUGAGGAGAGUGAUGGUUCUCAAAAAUGUUUGGAUGCAUACAACUAUGAUAAGAGCAUGUGUUCUGCAUACUUCAUGAGGUAUAAAAACUGCAGGAAGUACUGGCAUGGUGUGAUGCUGCAGCGUAGGUGUGAUGGAGUAAAGCCUGAUAUGCCAACCGCUGAGGAGCGAGAGCAGGUCAUCACAGCCCUUGGAGGGAAGCCCUACUAACUGCACAGUAGCAGUUAGAACAUAAGUGUGUUUGGACU